ACGAGAAUCAUCUUUUGUCUCUAUUUGAUAUGCUGGUUCAUAUGCCAUGAGAUACGUCUGAGAGCUAGUACGAGUACCCAUAUCCUGGGUCCCUCUCCCGCUCUUUUCCCUUGCAACCCUGUAACUUCCCCCCACCUUCAGCGCCAUUUCCUACUUCUUCCACAAUGGCAUCACCAGCGUCCUCAUAUAUUCGCACUCUCCUGUCGUCCUCUCGUCCUCGCGUUCCUCAAUCUCUCCUAAGGACAGCUCAACCUACCUAUCGUAUAUCUUCAGUCGCUAGGAUGUCUUCUGUGCCCAAACUCAAAGACCCCUCCCUCCUCAUCUCUCAGGCCUAUGUCAACGGAAAAUUCGUUGACUCCAGUACUUCGCAAACCUUCGACGUCCACGAUCCUGGUUCCGGGAAAAAGAUCGCAUCAUGCGCUGAGAUGAACAAGGAAGAUGUCGACAAGGCCAUAACAGCAGCUGCGGAGGCUUUCAAGUCAUUCCGCAAGACGUUGCCCCGCGAGAGAGCCACCAUGCUACGUAACUGGUAUAACCUGAUGCAGGAGAACGCAGAAGACUUGGCCACGCUCAUUACAUGGGAGAAUGGAAAGCCUCUUGCUGAUGCCAAAGGAGAGGUCGCGUAUGCCGCAAACUUCUUCCAAUGGUUCAGCGAAGAGGCCCCCCGUAUGUACGGCGAUACUAUCCCUGCUUCAGUACCAGGAAACAGAGUCAUGACCAUCAAGCAGCCAGUCGGUGUGUGCGGUCUCAUCACCCCCUGGAACUUCCCUGCGGCUAUGAUCACCCGCAAGAUCGGUCCUGCUCUGGCCGCGGGCUGCACAGUCGUCGCGAAGUCGCCAGGCGAAACGCCCUUUACGGCCAACGCGCUCGCAGAACUGUCUCGCCGUGCAGGAAUUCCUCCUGGUGUCGUCAACAUUGUGACUGCCAUGAAGAACACCGCUGAGAUUGGUGAAUUGCUGACGACCGACUCGAGAAUCAAAAAGGUCUCCUUCACCGGCUCUACGGGUGUUGGUAAAUUGCUUAUGAAGCAAGCUGCUGGAACCGUCAAGAAACUCUCGUUCGAACUGGGCGGCAACUCUCCAUUUAUCGUGUUCGACGACUGCCCUGAUCUCGAUGCUGCGGUUGCUGGCGCAAUUGCCUGUAAAUUCCGCAGCUCUGGCCAGACUUGCGUUUGUGCCAACAGAAUCUACGUGCAAAAAGGCAUCUAUGACAAGUUCGCCGAGAAGUUUGCGGCUAAGGUCAAAGACUUCAAGGUCGGCUACGGUUUCGACGACGGCGUCACCCACGGUCCUGUCAUCCACGAUCGCGCAGUGAGCAAGGUCGAGCAGCACGUGCAAGAUGCACAAAGCAAGGGAGCCAAGGUUCUUAUCGGUGGCCAGAAACUUCCAGACCUGGGUUCCAACUUUUAUGCUCCUACUGUUCUUACGGGUGUGACGAGCGAGAUGAAGAUUGCCACGGAAGAGACGUUCGGUCCUGUGGCUGGUCUCUUCCCCUUCGAGACGGAGAAGGAGGUUAUGGAGUCCGCGAACAAGUCCGAGGUCGGCCUUGCGGGUUACUUCUACUCAGGGGACAUUGGACGGGUGUACAGGAUCGCCGAACACCUAGAGGUCGGCAUGAUUGGCGUCAACACCGGCCUGAUCUCCGACCCGGCCAGUCCGUUUGGCGGUGUCAAGGAAAGUGGGUUCGGGCGCGAGGGAUCCAAGUAUGGCAUCGACGAGUACUUGACCAUCAAGACGGUCACUGUCGGCGGGAUCUCGAACGAUCUUCAAGGCUGAAAGGCCAGAAAGAAAGACCAGAGAAAGCGAAGACCUCUCUAAAAUUUCAGGUCCGAAGCCUACAACCUUUCAAAAAAAAGCCAUGUCUGUAUUUCGAGUCAAGUAAUGCCAUGGGAUUGCCAAGCUAUGAGUUUGGGUAAGGAAAAAAAGUCGGGCACAGUUACAUUUACAUUUAUGAGCAGUUACCUACCCCAGGUAGGUAUGUAUAGUACAUGACGGCCAGGCAUUUUAGGUACCUAGGUAUAUUGAAUUCUCUCACCACAUGAAGAGAAAACAAUAAUAACUAGGUAAUUUACCUGACCUAGGUAUAUACCGGGUUACAAAACAAAGGCAUUUUCCCCGUCAGUGUUUAUCAAUAGUUCGCAAAUCUAGACACACUCGGGACCGUAUAUACCAGCAGACGUGUACAUUAAUGGCAGUACUAUGACAUUGAUUGUGGAAUUGGUUCUAUCAGAUUCCGUCUAUAUAUAUACAGUUCAAUACCU